UUUUCCACAUCCAUAUCGUAGCUGUACAUCGCCUACUUGACCAACGCAAGCACACCACCAUGGACGACCUCAGCCAAAUUCCCGUAAUCCCACCACCCCCAGGCAGUGUCUCCGAUUUCGCAAAUCCACCCACUCUCAUGACAGGCGUCAUAGCCGGCACUGCCAUCAUUCAAGCCGUAGUUCUCCCUUUCCUCCUAACCCGCAUCAUCGUAAACGCAAUGACCCGCAGAUUCCGCCUCGAAGACGCCCUAUGCUACCUUGCCUACCUCGCGAUGAUCGCGCAAGCCACGCUCGUAGUUUACGCUUCUGCUAUCGGAGGCGCGCGGCAUGCCUGGGAUAUUUCUCUUCUCACAUUGGGCACGGUCAUGCGCUACUACAACUACAUCCUCUCUUGCUGGACCCUCAGCGCGUACUUCGGCCGCAUCUUCAUCUUGCUGCAAUUCAAGCGCCUUUUUACUGCUAAGGAUAAGAAGGGUAGCGUGUAUUGGAUCAUUGUUGGGUCGAUCAUUGGGAACACGGCGUUAUACUUUGCGUUUUUGAUGAGCUAUACUUUUGAGUGCUAUCCACGAGAGAAAAUUUGGAACCCCACGGUAGAAGGAAGGUGUGUGGCGACUACGAAGCUGCAGCUUGCGACUGGGAUUUUGAGGUUCUGCUGCGCCAUCGGUAUCGCAUGUGUUGGUCUUUGGUUACGCAUCGAAACCGCAAGAGCUUUAGACUUCACAUGGCCGCUUACGCAACUCGCUAUAGUGUGCCAAGCCGAACUUGCAAGUAUCAUCGUCGUGGGCUGUACUCCCUUCAUCCCUCGUCUGUUCCACUGGAAACCCCUCCGUGGUCGCUCAGGAUACGCACCACAGAGCCCAGCAGCUGGGUACAGCGACCGGAUGAGCAAGGGACAGAAGAGCGGUUCAGGCACAGACGCAGAUGCCGAGGUACCAGCUACAGAUGGUGAGAAUGCUAGAAGUCCCGCUGGAGUAGUGGGACAGCGGUUUUAUGCGAAUCCAGCCGAAGCGCCCGUUCAAGAGGGUGAAAACAGGAAAGAAGCUGCCGGAUUGGCUGGCCAUCGAUACCAUGCGGCACAGAAAAAGGAGGGCGUCAAGAGCGAAGCGCAGGGUGCAGCCUAA